ACGUUGCGUGGGGCCGGGAUAGUUGGGAUUAGCGUUCGGCGUGUGCAGCAAUCAGCUUGGCAUGGGCGAAUCGUCGCGAAGCAUGGUGAGACAGGGUAGCUGCAUGGUCCCAACGUCAGGGCCGCUGAUUAGGAGCACGGGGGAGCUUGUCUCGGCGUGCACGGGAUUCAGUUGCGGAGGGCGGGCGAAGCGCGAUUUGGGAGCGUAUGAAAGGAGGACUGGUGCUUUGCAGUUUGGCGCGCGACGUUUGUAUGUUAUCCUCUAGGGCACGAAUAGUUCAACAUGCAGUGCACGUGCCUGCUGUGCAACAGCAGCCGCAAUUGGAUGCCCGGGCUGCGCCGUGAUCCGAGUAGGCAUUGGAAAUGCGUCUGGUACUGGUGAUCUAACACGUUGACGGUUUUUUAAGAGCGGGGGUCGUAAUGCUGGUGACAGGCCGAUAUUGCCGUUAAGAUAUCAACGCCAUGCUACCGGUAAUUUAGGUGACCGAGGUGACUAUAACAGUGUUCCAUCCUGGAUGAUGGACGUGCUUGCGUCCUGCGAUGCCAUUUCGUAUGGGCGGAACGCAGCCGGGGCAAGUGGGGGCGCGCAGCAAGAACAUCUGUAUGAGUCGCGCCAAGCGAAGCAGGCGUGACGGUGCUGGGAGGCUGGCGUUUCUUCCGAGUGCAUAGGUGGAGCGGUUUAUCAACAAGGGUCGUAGUGUAUUGCCUUCUGGUUGCGGAGUGACGCGCAUACUGACCCUUGUUGCGACACGGUUGUGUGACGCGUCACGAUGCAACUGCACCUCACGUCUGAGGCUCGAGGCGGCAGUGGAAUUGCUGACCUGUUCAGUCGCAAGUCUCACAGGCGGCCGAGCAAUUAGUUGUCCUUGCGAUGUGCUGUACGGAUACAAGCGGUGGAACGAUGACUGAGAAUUGAGGGGAAAACCAGCAAGGGCUGAGCGAUACGCAUCAUAAGUAAGCAGCAGCGCCGGCGCGGGAGUCUUGCCGUUGCUUUGUCUUUUCUCAGGUUUUGAGGCCGCAUCUGCUCCAGGACCGUUUCCAGGAACCCAUGCAAGGUGCCAUCAUGAGACCAGGUGUCGUGACUGUUCAAAUGGAUGUAGUUUGGCGUGCCUGGUGCAUGUGAUAUAGGAGGUUCAGGGAGCCGGGGCAUGUGGAAACGGGUGCAAGCCCGCGCAACGCGUCGCGCUCGCAUGCUUGAUGGCAAGGACAUGGCAAUAAACGAAUUACGAAAUGCAAAUGGUACACUGAAUGCCUGCGAUGUAAAGUGCACCUCGA